CGAAAAUCUUCCAGUACAUCCUUUCAACUUGUACAAGAAAGACAAUUUCUGCAUCACUUCAACCAACUUUUUUGACAUUUUACCUGAAUUCCUUUGGCAAACAUGGGGCUUUGCCUAUCCGCAGAUGAGAAGGAAGAUCGUCAACGAAGCAAUAACAUCGAUAAAAAAAUCGAGGAGGACAGCCGACGAAUGAAACGAGAAUGCAAGAUAUUAUUGUUAGGAAGUGGCGAAUCUGGAAAAUCAACUAUCGUAAAACAAAUGAAAAUCAUUCACCAAAAUGGUUAUUCCAACGAGGAAUUGUACCCUUGGCGCAUCACUGUAUACAAAAAUCUGAUAGAAUCAGCGCAGGCCUUGGUAUACGGGGUCAUGAAAUUUGGCUUGGAGUUUGAAAACCCCAAGAAUGUGGAGCUCGGAAACAGGGUUCUAGAAUACACAGUUCCUACUGAACUCACAUCGUCACUUAACCCAGAAGUUGUUGCCGCGAUCAACAGUAUAUGGGCAGAUUCAGUUGUGCCUAGGCUGCUCGACCGAGGAGGCAGUGACUUUUACUUGAUGGACUCGGCUCCAUACUUUUUUGGGGAGGUGACACGAAUCGGCCAAGCAGACUAUAUACCAAACGUAUCAGAUGUCUUGAGAGCUCGACAAAAGACAACUGGUAUAACGGAAACCAGAUUCAACAUGGGACAGUUGAACAUUCAUAUGUUUGACGUCGGAGGUCAGCGAUCAGAACGCAAGAAAUGGAUUCACUGCUUUGAAUCAGUCACAUCAAUAAUUUUUUGUGUCGCAUUAAGUGAAUAUGAUCAAGUCUUGUUGGAGGAGUCUGGCCAGAACCGUAUGCAAGAGAGUCUCGUCCUCUUUGAAUCAGUCAUAAAUAGUCGGUGGUUUGUCCGAACGUCCAUCAUUUUGUUCUUGAACAAAGUGGACGUUUUCAAAUCCAAAUUGGCCAAGAUACCACUGGAACGUUACUUUCCCGAUUAUUCAGGCGGCUCGGACGUUAACAAGGCUGCAAAGUAUAUCUUGUGGCGGUUCAGCCAAGUCAAUCGAGCCAAACUCAACAUCUACCCGCACUUAACCCAAGCAACCGAUACAUCCAAUAUACGACUUGUGUUUGCGGCAAUCAAGGAAACCAUUUUACAAAACGCAUUGAAGGAUUCUGGCAUAUUAUAAAGCCAGAUUACUCCAACAAACGAUUUUCAACAAUUCGUCCCAAUGUCGUACUUUUAUUGCUCACCCUCGUUAAUCUUCUCGUUUAUAUUAAUCAGCUCAACUGCAUAACAAUCCAACACCACUCUACUCCUUCCCUCCCGCCAUAAUUUAAUUUUUUUCUUUCCUUCCUACGGUUUUUUGAUUCCUUUAUCCAAAAACCAUUGUGCAAAGGAAUAACUUUCUAUUCUCGAUCCCACUAUAUCAAAGUAUAGCUUGUAUUCAGGUGUAUCGGCGGCAUCUUGAACACUACUACUUCUUGUAAAACCAAAUAAAAAGUCACAGAACGCAAGGCACU